AUGUAUAAUCGCCUGAUUGCUCUUUCAAGCUUCAAUUAUGCUUUUGAUAACCAGGGCUUUGCCCAAACACAAGCUAUGGAUGCCUUCGCCAGGAAAUUUGGUGUAUACAGCACUGAAACAAAUACCUGGACUCUCGAUACCCACUGGAAGUCAUAUUUCAAUGGUUUGCCUUAUCUGACAUUCGCCUGCGGUGUUAUUAUUGGAAGUUUGAUAAGCGCUCAAUUUGGUCGCCGGUGGUGCAUGUUCAUAAUGAGCAUCUAUGCUCUGGCUACUGCUAUCAUUGUUGCAACUUCUCAAACCAAAGAACAGAUCCUGGCUUCAAGGAUCCUCAAUUAUAUCUAUAUUGGCAUGGAGCUCUCCGUGGUGCCAGUGUUCCAGUCCGAGAUUGCUCCAACUCAAGUCCGUGGGUUCAUGGUGGGGACUUAUCAAUUGACCAUUGCUUCUCCUCGGUGGCUUCUUAUCAGAGGCCGCACGGAAGAGGCUCGAACAAACUUGCAGAAAUUACGGCAAGGGACUUUCACAUCAGACGAGAUCGAGGAAGAGUUCUCAUUACUACAGAAAGGGCUGGAAGAAGAACCGGAACAAGGCCAUUUCAAAGAGCUAUUUUCGAACGUCAACCGAAAACGAACAGCAAUCGUUGUAGGACUCAACUUUUUUCAGCAAGCGACUGGGCAGGCAUUCGCUUCACAAUAUGGAACUUUAUACGUCAAGUCUCUGCAAACGAUCAACAGUUUUAACUUCAACGUGAUCAAUGGUUUCAUCGGACUCUGUGUGAUUAUAGUAUGCUUGUUCCUCAACGAUAGGGUUGGCAGAAGGCCUUUACUUUUGGUCGGUGCGGUAGUCCAAACGGCAGCUCUCAUGACUAUGGGAGCGCUUGGGGUGCAUACUCCAAACUGUACCGAAAAGUCAGCCAUUGUCGCGAUGUUGUCCUUGUUCAUGGUUGGAUUUAACAUAGGCUGGGCUGCUUUGACAUACGUCGUGACCACUGAGAUUCCAGCUCUCCGAUUGCGAGAUAACUCACAGCGCAUUGCAUCUGUUGCAAAUGUGCUAACGUUCUUUGUGGUUGCAUUUAGUAUGCCAUAUCUCAUGGAUUCUGACUAUGCCAACCUACAGUCAAAGGCUCUUGAAUCGAAUCUCCUUUCGCGGAACACUCCUUGGGUCACUCGGAGCUUUUGUUUUGAACGCAGCGGCCAUCCACUUGACGUGUUCACUGCCAUGGAUCCACCAAUGACUCCGACACCAGGCAGCGCGGCUUCUCGACCGCCUCCUACCUCGCAUUCUAGCCCCAAAAACCGUCCCCAACGCAGCAGCGAUUACCCACCCUCUGAUAACAAGGCUAGUUACAGUCCAAUGGGCGGUCGGGCCCCAGGGACAGGUCCGAUUCCCGUCUCCGAGGCUACGCCAGCUGGAGAGACCCGCUCAGAACACCCCGCCGAUAGUGGUGCCGGAAAACCCUCCAAGUCCUCCAAACGCAGGAAGAACCGCAAUCGCAAACGUCGCAAUCGGCACCAAUCUUUUUUUACACCCUCGCGCGAGGAGGCCCAUGAUAGCGCCGAAGAGCAUUCAGGUGCUGGUGGAGGUGCCCGAGAUUCAAUGGAGGCCGAUCGGCCAACCUCGAGGGACACUUCGUUCUUCAAAUUGGGGAGGAAUUUAAGUACUACGAGCUUGGAGAGUGAUGCAUUGUUGGAUCAUCGGGACCAGCCGAUGAUGCGACCUCGUCGUGACAGCCGCCUUGCUUCAUCACUGCGUCCGACCUCUAUCCUAUCCAAUGUCUUCCGGUCGAAUGACGGACAAUCCCGCAGCACUCCGAAAGCAGGUCGGAACCAGCAACAUCGCGAUGGUGAUAGCGACGAAGAAGCAAACGACCGAACUCCAUUGAUGCGGGCUACCUCGGGGCACACCUCCAAUACCGCUCGCUAUGGCGCAGACUCCCGCCCCAACCUGUUUUCAUCUCGUGCUCGCCAACCAUCCGUUCAGACCGUAUCAUCAGGAUACUCUCCACGAGAUAACCGCAGCCCACUUGAUUCUCCCGCUAUCGAACGUGACUACGAUGUGAAUAAUCCACCGUCAAUCCCCGGGUCGCCGAAGUUAGGACCAGAGAUGAAUUAUGAUGAUGCUGUGGUAACUGGGGCUGAUUGGGACUUUUCCUUGGCCCGGUCCUUGGAAAUGCACAGGGACUCUCUAAACAUGAACGAAACAUUGAUUGAUAUGGAUGGUAACGGGGCACAUCCUCAUUCGGCACCCUCUUCUCCUGGUUCGCCAUUACUUUCGCCGCAUCAGGAACUGCGGCGCCGCCGAACUGUGGCAUUACCAGCAGAGGAGGAUGUGUGCUUCCCUACCGAAACGAUAUCGGAACUCGGGGACGAGGGUACCAGACAACGGGAUGAGGCUGGUGAGCGUCGACGCCGCAGACAUCGGCGGUGGCCCGAUCUCUCCGUGCUGGAAGAAUGGAGUCGCGAGGAGAAAGAGGAACGCAACGGGGACCUUCGAGUCAAGAAGAUUAAUGAACCGAUGCUCAUCGAGGGCAGAUUGCGUCCUCAGUAUAAAUUUUGGCGGCGCGAAGAGGAUGAGGCACCUUACCGGUUUACAUACUUCAACGAGGAGUUCCCAAGUACUAUUCACGCUCAAACGAUCUCCGAGCUGGUACAACCAGGAGGCAGCUUCCGCGAAUUGUUUAUUCCAAAUCCCCCAGAAUUAGAAGAUUCAUCUGAUGACGAAGACUCGGACGGAGGGUCUUUUAUGGAGACUGCAGCUGCCACCCAUUCAGCUUAUCCCGUUAAUACCGGUCCGCGGAUAGGGGUGCCUGUACCGGAAGGUCAAGGCCAUCAAACAAACGUCAAUCCAAAUAUGACAGGCGGUACCGGUCAGAUACCCAGUGAAAAGAAAACCAGUGAUCUUCUCGCCGGCAACGCUCCUCCAGUGAGAGUUCCGUCACGGUUGUCUGUCAUAAGCGAAGGACAUCCCGACCCUCACCGAGAUCUCUCGCCCGCGCAGUCAAACCUUGCUCCGAAACCCAAACCUAAACGCUACGGCCCCAGGCCUACCUUUUGGUUAGAUGUUCUCUCUCCGACAGAUGCAGAGAUGCGUACAAUCGCCAAGGCAUUUGGAAUCCACGCGCUGACGGCAGAGGAUAUCAUGAUGCAAGAAGCCCGAGAGAAAGUGGAACUGUUCCGAAGCUACUAUUUCGUCAACUACCGGACUUUCGAGCAAGACAUCAAUAGUGAGGACUAUCUUGAGCCAGUCAACAUGUAUGUUGUGGUUUUCCGUGAAGGCGUGAUAUCCUUCCAUUUCUCGCAAACGCCUCAUCCAGCCAACGUGCGGCGGCGCGUUCGUCAAUUGAUGGAUUACCUGAUCUUGAGCUCCGACUGGAUCUCAUACGCCCUGAUUGACGACAUUACCGACGUUUUCGGCCCACUGAUUCAAGCCAUUGAAGACGAGGUAGAUGAGAUCGACGAGAUGAUCAUGCAAAUGCACUCAUCUAACAAGGAAGCGUCGUCCAAUGACAGCGUGCUUCCUUCAUUUGCACCAGGAGAAAUGCUCCGGCGAGUAGGAGAAUGCCGCAAGAAGGUCAUGGGAUUAUACCGGCUACUCAGCAACAAGGCAGAUGUUGUCAAGGGCUUUGCCAAACGUUGCAAUGAGCAGUGGGAGGUAGCCCCCAAGUCCGAGAUUGGUCUCUACCUGGGUGAUAUUCAAGAUCACAUUAUGACGAUGACCGGCAAUUUGACGCAUUACGAAACGAUACUCUCUCGCGCCCAUUCCAAUUAUCUCGCGCAGAUCAACAUUCUGAUGAACGAGCGCCAGGAACAUACUGCCGAUGUCUUGGGUAAGCUGACUGUUCUUGGUACGAUCGUCCUACCGAUGAACAUCAUUUGCGGCAUGUGGGGUAUGAACGUCAAGGUACCUGGUCAGGAAAUCGACAACUUGAACUGGUUUUGGUGCAUUACUGGCGGACUAUUUGUGUUUGCUUUUGCGUCUGUUUGGAUUGCUAAACGAGUCUACAAAAUUGUGUAA